AUGUCGGAGAAGGCGCCUCUCGUCUCCCACGAGCCCGUGAGGCCGAAGCAGCGCUGCCCGUAUGCCGGACGCUGCUCAGCCGGCAAACGCGCCGUGAAGGUCCUCGUUCUCGGCGCCGUUGCCGGUCUUCUGUACUAUGGCGUGCCGCAUGCUCAGCAGCACUUCGCCGCCGACAAGGCGGACAAGAUGUGCAUGACACCUGCCUGUGUCCACGCAGCGUCCGAGAUCUUAUACAACCUGUCUCCCGACUACAAGGAGCUCGACCCGUGCAACGACUUUGAAGAGCUCGUUUGCGGCGGAUGGCGCGACCGCCACGACCUCCGCUCCGAUCAGGGCGAUGCCUUCACCGGCACCAUCAUGUCGGAGAACUCGGAGCUUCUCCUCCGCCACAUCCUUGAGGCGCCGUACCCCAAGGACUCCAAGCACUCCUCCUUCUCUCCGAUGCGGUUGUUUUCCAGCGACAAGGAUGCCGACGAGGAGAACUUCGAUAAGAUGAAGGCCGUCUACGACGCCUGCAUCAACGAGGACAAGAUCAAAGAAGUCGGGCUGGAGCCUCUGACCCAGAUCCUGGACCAGAUCAAGCAGGCCUACCCUCUCGCGAACGCCAAGGACGACGAACCUAAGCCGACGAAGGACGCUAUCUUGCUCCUCGCCAAAUACGGCGUUGAUGCCUUCAUUGCAAGUGGCACUGGUGCUGAUGACAGAGAUCCCGACACGGUUGUGGUUUCCAUCGCGGCGCCAGGCAGCCUUGGUCUUCCGUCCAAGGAGCGCUACGAGGACGACAAGCUUGUCGAGAAGUACCGCAGCGUUGCCGUCGAGGUUCUCGGAAACCUGUACCCCGACAAUAACAAGGACAACUUCGCCAAGGUCAUUGAUCUCGAGAAGUUGCUGGCUGCUGCCUCGCCAAGCACCGAAGAGAGGGAAGAUAAAUACUACAACCCCAUGCUGAUUGACGAGGCUGCUGCCCUCACGCCCGAGAUCGAACUCACGGCUCUCAUCGCUGGCCUGGCUCCCGAGGGCUUCGUGGUGGAGCGUGUCAUUGUGAUGGCACCCAAGUACAUGACCGAGCUCGCCACCAUUCUCGCCGAGACCGACAAGGAGGUUAUCCAGAACUACUUCGUCUGGAAGGCUGUCCAGUCCCUCUCCCGCUACGUGGACGCCGACGCAGUCAAGCCUUACCGUCGCUUUGUCAAUGAGCUUGCCGGAAAGGACCCCGAGUCUGCCCCUGAGAGAUGGCGCACCUGCGUUGGCCAGGUCGAUGAUGGCGUCGGCUGGAUUCUCAGCCGCUUCUUCGUUGAGAAGGCAUUCUCCGAGAAGGCUAAGAAGUUUGGUGACACCAUCAUCACCGACAUCAAGACCGAGUUCGCCAAGAAGCUCAAGGCUACCAAGUGGAUGGACAAGGAGACCACCAAGAAGGCUAUCAAUAAGGUGCAUAACAUCAUCCAGAAGAUUGGCUACCCGACCAAGAGCCCCGAUAUCAUGGACCCUCCCAGCCUGAACAAGUUCUACGAAUCAGUCAACCUCAACCCGGACACUUUCUUCCAGAACGCUCUGGAGGUUCGCAGCUUUGCCGUAAGCGACGAGUGGUCUGCCCUCGGCAAGCCCGUCGACAGGGAGUCGUGGGGCAUGACAGUUCCGACCGUCAAUGCCUACUACAACCCUCCGGGUAACGAGAUUGUAUUCCCCGCCGGCAUCAUGCAGUUCCCCGUCUUCGACGUCGAGGUCCCCGCCUAUAUGUCCUACGGCGCCUUUGGCUCUGUCGCUGGUCACGAGCUUUCUCAUGCCUUCGACUCCACUGGCCGUCACUACGACCAGAAUGGCAACUACACUGACUGGUGGACCGACGACACUGUCAAGGCCUUCCAGGAGCGUGCCGAGUGCUUCAUCGAGCAGUACUCCAACUUCACCGUCCCGGGCCCCGACGACGAGCCCCUCCACGUCAACGGACGUCUUACCCUUGGUGAAAACAUUGCCGACGCCGGCGGCCUCUCCGCCUCUUUCCAGGCCUGGAAGCGCCGUGCGCACGAGAAGCCCAACAAGAACCUGCCUGGUCUCGAGCACUUCACUCAAGACCAGCUCUUCUUCGUCACCUACUCCAACUGGUGGUGCGGAAAGUCCCGCAAGGACACAGCCAUCAACCGCAUUUACACCGACCCUCACGCGCCCAAGUGGGCCCGUAUUCUUGGCACCAUGGCCAACAGCCGCGAGUUCAGGGACAGCUUCCAGUGCAAGAGCAAGAAGCCCACUUGUGAAUUGUGGUAA